AUGCAGUGGCGCUACAUUAACAGCGCGACAUACAACCAAAUCCUUGGUCUCGUCAAAAUCUCGUUCCUGAUCACGUUGCUAAAGCUACGCUCAACGAACCGGCUCAUUAUCGCGAGCAUAUGGACUCUGAUUGCCGUGAAUAUAGCCUUCGUUUUCGCCGCCUUUCUUGCACACAUCUUUCGAUGCCAGCCCAUCCACAAGUACUGGCAGACGGAAGUUCCUGGUCAUUGCCAUAACAACGCACAAUACAUCUUCGGUGUGAUCGCCGUCACCAUUGUCACAGAUGUUCUUGUGGCAUUGAUUCCAGCAUGGAUACUCUACGAUAUCCGUAUGCCUUCGAAGGUCAAAUUAGAAGUCAUUGUGUUUCUCUCCCUCCCACUUGCAGUUACGGCAAUCGGCUGCUAUCGACUACAUCGCUUCGUCCUCGUCUUCAGCUUGCCUAAAGACGCCUCCGAGGACCCUUACAAUGUGAGGAACGCACUUACGAGCCUUGAGGGUAAUCUCGGUGUGAUCGCUGCUUGCGGGCCGACUAUCAAAUGGAUCUUGGUGAGCUACAACAAGUACCCCUGCACGUGA